CGCUUCCUAACUGCCUGGUUGCCUUCCCAGAGCCCUGAGGUUUUCAAAGCAACCACAAUGAACAAGUUCCUCUGCUGCACGCUUGUGUUGCUGGACAUUUUUGUGAAAUGGACUGUUCAGGAGACCGCUCCUCCCAAGCAUCCCUAUUAUGACCGUAGAAGCAGACGCCAGUUGAUGUGCGAUCAGUGCCCUGCAGGGACUUACGUCCAAAAGCCCUGCACUGUGACAUCACAGACCGUGUGUGCUCCAUGCCCAGAAGGCUAUUAUGAAGAUGACUGGAACUUCGAUGACGAAUGCUUCUACUGCAAUGCCGUGUGCCAGGAGCUGCAGUUCGUGAGUCAAGAAUGCACCAGCACCCAGAAGCGUAUCUGCGAAUGCGUCGAAGGGCGGUACUUCGAAAUAGAAUACUGCGCGAAGCACAGAAAAUGCCCUCCAGGUUUUGGAGUUGUUGAGAAAGGAACCCCUUGGACCGACACUGUUUGCGAGAGGUGUCCAGAAGGCUAUUUUUCCAAUGAAUUUUCAACCUCAGCACCCUGCCGAAAAGUCGAGCCACGGAGUGGAGAUGCGAAACAGGACAAUGUGUGGCACGGAGAAGAAACCAACAAAUCAGAUCAGCAAUGUGAAAUUGAUGUAACCUUAUGUGAGGAGGCAUUCUUCCGAUUCGCAGUUCCUACCAAACUCACCCCCGACUGGCUGAACUCAUUAACAGACAGCCUGCCAGGGAAGAAUAUCACCACGGAAGCCUUACAAAAGAUUAAACAAAGGCACAGCCCGCAGGAACAGACCUUCCAGCUCCUGAAGUUAUGGAAGCAGCAGAACAAAGACCACAGUGUGGUCAUGAAAAUUAUACAAGACAUCGAUCUUUGUGAGAACAGCGUCUUAAAGCAGAUCGGCCACCUCCGCGUCACUCCUGAGCAGCUCAACAUGCUGAUGGAAAAUUUACCAGGGGAAAAAGUUGGUAAAGAGGAGACUGAGCGCAUUAUGAAAGUGUGCCAGUCCACGGAACAGAUUCCCAAGCUCCUCAACUUGUGGAGAAUAAAAAACCGAGACCAAGACUCCAUCAAAGGCCUGAUGUAUGGACUGAAGCACCUGAAGGCAUACCACUUCCCCAAGACGACGCUUCAAGGCCUCCGGAAGGUGAUCAAGUCCCUCCGCAGCGCCACCAUGCAAAAAUUAUACCAAAAGCUUUUCUUAGAAAUGCUGGGAAACCAGGCCCAUUUGGUGAAAGGGAAAUCGGUGUAGUUUCCCCUGUCUUCUCUUUCAUCCUUCAC